UCUCCACUUCCUCUUUCAGGGACCCUGGUUGACUUGCCCCACGGGAUGGGACAUCCCUGGAAACGACGGAUUACGUGACAGACAUUGCUUUGAGAGCACUCUUGAAGUAAAGUGGAAGUGUUUCGCUGAAGUUGCCUGCUUCACAGAGAAACAGUAAGUUCAUACCUCAGCAUUCACAGCUGAUACAAGCACAAUGCAUGGUACAGAGCUGAAGCACUCCCCUAACCCUGUGUGACAUGAAGGCAGCCAAAGACGGAUUUUUAUACCUGUGGAUGUUUCUACUGACAUGGAGAAGAUUGAGGAACAGUUUGCUAAUCUACACAUUGCUAGACGUUCCUCGGAGCAGAAAGAGCCCACUUACCUGCUUGACAUAGCCACCUCCAAGACUGUCCAGGCAGAGAAGGGAAGCUUGGUUGCUGUCUUGUGUUCAAACGGAUCAAUAAGAAUAUAUGAUAAAGAGACACUAAAUGUGCUGCGAGAAUUUAGUGGCUCUCCUGGGCUUCUUAACGGAGUUAGAUUUGCGAACUGCUGUGACAGUGUCUAUUCUGCAAGUACGGACGGUGCUGUAAGAUGCUGGGAUGCCCGGGUGGCUGGGGGGAAGCCAGUGCAGUUGUUCAGGGGUUACCCUGGCAACAUUUUCAUCAGUUUUGAUGUCAACUGCAAAGAUCAUGUCAUUUGUGCUGGUACAGAAAAAGUCGAUGAUGAUGCACUGUUGGUCUUUUGGGAUGCAAGGAUCGCAUCCCAGGAUUUGUCUACUCGAGACCCACUUGGUGCCUAUUCCGAGACGCACAGUGACGAUAUCACGCAAGUACGUUUCCAUCCCAGCAAUCCCAACAUGGUUGUCUCGGGUUCAACUGAUGGCCUGGUAAAUGUGUUCGAUAUCAGUGUUGAUAACGAAGAGGAUGCGUUGGUUGCGACCUGUAACUCCAUUUCAUCCGUGAGCUGUAUUGGUUGGUGUGGAAGAGAUUAUAAACAGAUUUACUGCAUGACACACGAUGAAGGGUUUUGUUGGUGGGAUCUCGGUCAUCUGGAUACUGAUGAACCAAUUACAUGUUUGAACAUCCAGGAUGUGAGAGAAGUGACCGAUGUGAAGGAAGGUCGUUUGGACUAUCUGAUUGGUGGCCUGUAUCACGAAAAGAUGGACAGGUUGUUUGUUAUCGGAGGAACCAACACAGGAAAGAUUCACAUAAUGAGCUGCGCCGCGUCAGGACUGACCCACGUGACCAGCCUUCAGCAGGGACAUGCAGCCACGGUCCGCUCCUUCUGUUGGGACGUGUCGGAGGACUCUUUGCUGACUGGGGGAGAAGACGCACAGCUGCUGCUUUGGAAACCUGGAGCUGUGGAAAAGACCUUCACAAAGAAAGACAGCUUGAAAAGUGCAUCCUCCGUGCAGCAGCGAGUUCGAAUCCACAGCAACGAUUCCUAUAAGAGAAGGCAACAGCAGUGACGUCAUGCUGAGAAUUUGAAAGCUUUUCCGGUUUCAAAUCAUUUUGCUACAUGUAGCAAAUGUUUUUAAAGCUUAUCUGUAAAAGCAGGAAGCUAACAAACAGCCUCAGACAAAUAUUACGAAUGGUUUAAUUCAGGCCCAGAAAUAUUCUAUAAUAUUUUUAAAGCCUCCAGUUGAGUAUAGAAAUCAGUGACUUGACAGGGAAAUUACAAGCCGAGUUCUGAAACCCAUCUGUUGAGUUAGUAAAUGUCAAAUUUGAAGAACUAGCUCUGAAAAGGAUUCUGAAGUAGAUAGCUGGCAGACAACGGUUUUUAAACUCAGCUCCUUACAUUUGAAAUUACUUAAUUGUUUAUAUCAGGCUGAGUGAUUUGAAGGGGUUUCGCUCACUCUAAACCUUCUGCCUCAGCUCAGAGCACUGAAAUCUAAGCAUUCUAGUGAGUCCAAACAGAUAUUUAAUGUUUUAGGAAUGAAGAAUAUUUUCUUAAAAUGAGAAAAAUAUAUUUAGUAAAUACUCUCAUCUGUGCUUUAAUACGCUAUAUUU